AUGCCUAGAAACUCAAUACGCUACCGUCCCAUGACGACAUAUGCCGUAGGCAGACAGCGUGCUAACGAUGGACCGAGUAAACAGAAAUCAAUACCGUCGUAUUAUUCAGAUCAUAUUAUUUCUCGAUCUUGGUACAAAGCACGACUCCCCGAUUUCUCGCUCCCUUCACCCGGCACAGAUCUAGUUGAGCUUUGUGAGAAGCUACUGGAACGGCCGAGAGAAAGCGCGAAACGAUUCUUUCGUCUGCAGACUCUGACUCGGAUAGUUGAAGAAGAGGAAGAAACAAUGUCACUCAGUGUACAGAGGCCGGACCGAUCCCGGCCGCAUUCGGAGAUCUUUGUUGGCGCGGAUGAGGAUCGAGUAGCUCAGUAUAUGGCUGCUCAGAUUCUAGAUCGUAAUAAUUCGAGUAAUGGUUCGCUCUCCGGGGGAGUCUCGCGUCCUAUUUCGCGGGAUCGGUCGAACAGUGAUGACUCGAAUAUCAUGAGUACCGGUGCGAUGCCGACGUUGCGCAAUGAGCGAGUAGUCGCUUCGGGGAACGGGAUUAGUGUUAGUAUUGCACUGGCGGAGCCUCUCGUUUUCCUGCCGAGUUAUGAUCACAGUGAUCCAAGUACGAAAAGGUCGGCUAUUUUAAGAGGUCAUUUGCACAUCAAGACAACCAAGUCGGUCAAAGUGAAGAAGGUCUCGAUAUGUUUUCGUGGACAGGCGCAGACAGACUGGCCGGAUGGUAUUCCUCCCAAGAAAAUCAACUUUCACGACAAGAAAGACAUCAUGACAUCAGGAAUGAUAUACUUCAACCACGGAGAAACUGCUAUUGUCCAGAACCCAUACGGCGCACAUUACUACAAAGUAGCGAAUACGGCACCUCUGUCAACUAGCAAAGAACCCAAAAUCUACAGCGUGACUACGACAACGAGGGAGCUCUUGAAGAACGGCUCAACAACCACCGUGAAUAAAGACACUGCUCGAGAUCUGAAACGGCUGUCAUUGCAGUCGAAUCAUUCGCGUAGUUUCAAUAAGAACGAUGCCCCCAACCACAAUCAACCUCAAGCAGUACGGAAUUACCGACUAUUCCCUCCUGGUGAUUAUCUGUAUGCGUUUGAGUUUCCUAUCGACGGAUCAAUGCCAGAGACUAUUAAGAGCGACCUUGGAUUUGUCAGGUACGAUCUUGAAGCUAUCGUCGAACGAUCUGGCGCUUUCCGUCCGAAUUUGCUUGGAAGUACAGAAAUAGAGGUGGUACGAACCCCCGCCGAGGGAUCUCUCGAACAAGUCGAACCUAUUGCCAUCUCUCGAAACUGGGAGGAUCAACUUCACUAUGACAUCGUCAUUUCUGGAAAAUCAUUCCCCAUGGGAUCACAAGUCCCUAUUGCGUUCAAAUUGACACCUCUCGCCAAGGUUGAAUGCCACCGAAUCAAAGUCUACGUGACGGAAAACAUUCAACAUUGGACGCAGGACAAGUUUGUGCACCGGUUGCAGCCGCCGAAAAAGGUACUCUUGUUCGAAAAACGGGCCGACCAGCCUAGUGUAAGCACGUAUCCCGGAAGCAGUAUGCGAGUUACGGCCGGUGGUGGUGUACCCUGGGAUCAGCGCGAAGCUGCCGCGCGAGGCGAAGAACAGGUCAACCGUGGAGUUUCCAGCCUGUUGGGCAAUUUGUCGAAUGAUGUGGGAGUUGGGCCUACGGAAAUGGAGUUUAGUGUGCAACUUCCGAGCUGUCAUGCUAUGAAAGGAAAGGAUGAGGCGCACAAGUUGCAUUUUGAUACGACUUAUGAAAAUAUACAGAUCAAUCACUGGAUUAAGAUUGUGAUGCGUCUGUCAAAAACAGAUGAAAAGGACCCUACCAAACGGCGACAUUUCGAGAUCUCAAUCGAUUCUCCCUUCCACAUUCUUUCCUGCAAGGCGACACAAGGAAACAUCUUCCUACCAGCCUAUAGCGACCCAUCUUCAGAUCCAGCCGUUCUUCAAGACGAAUACACCUGUGGAUGUCCCGGUGCACCAAUGACCCGUCGAAGCACCCCAACCAGUCGCAUCAACUCCUCGUCUUCCCUAACCCAAAUCAACAAUAAUAACACCAAUAAUACCAACAACGACACCAACGGGUCAGUUCACGGCACCCGUGGCCUCCCGCGCAGCUUCACAAGCGGAUCAGGCGGCCUCUCACGGCCCGAACAAGCACACAUAGCCCACGAACCCAACGAACGUGACGCGCGACCAAUGCACCUCCUCCGCACCCCAUCCUUUGCUCCCCCGGCAUUCGAAGAACUAGAACCACCACCACCACUCAUCACCCCUCCGCCCGAAUACGCAAGUAUCGUGGGGAAUAUAGACCGCGAAACUGUGCUGACGGAUUAUUUCAACCGUCUUUCGUAUUUUGAGGAGCAGGAUGAUGAGGAGAGAGGGUUGGGAAGGGUGGAUGUUCCGCUUACGCCGGGGGGGAGGGUGCAUAGGAGUAUGGAUGUGCCGAGGGAAUGGGUUAGAUUGGGGGAUGCUACUGUUCAAUAGUUCCAUACAUUUAUACGACACAUGAGCAGAGCGACAGCCCGGCCGUAUAUACCUCUACCACUCAUUUCUUACCCAGCAAUCAUUCACGACCUUACGAUUCAUGACGGGUGGCGAGACAUGUCUCUUUUCUUUUGAUCUAUCGACAUAUACACCAUUCUAGACCGGCGUUUAAUCAUGUCUAUCUCUUCGAAUAUCUUUCUGUGAUAUCAUUCUUUUACUCUGGAGGAAAUCUGUUUAUAUUGGGGUUUUACAUAUACGCACUGGACUGGAAAGUUCCAGUGAGGUGGAAUAAAAGCGAUUGUCUAUAUUAUAUAUAUUAAAUGCUGUCUAUUGACUCUUCAUCCUAUCUUU